UACAAUUUUGUUCGACAUUUUUAUAAUAUUUUUAACCCGAGUCCUGUCUUCGAUUCUGUUUGCACAUGUCUAUAGAGGAUAUAAUAAUCGACGCGUUGGUAGAGAGGUGGAAAGCUAACGAGACGGACUGACAAAUAUAUCAGUCUUAACCCACGCAGUUAAAGCAAGUGGCCGACCGGAGACGACGAAAGAACAGUCAUGGAAAUUUGCAUUACGGGAACUGCGAGUUUCGUCAACGAAUAUCUUUCGCGUGUUUUACUUUGAAACGAGUUCCUCGUGUUCUAUGACGCUUAAAACUACAAUCAUUUUCAUAGUUCUUUAAUCAAUAAUCCUUCGCGUAGGUCUUUGGAUAAGAUAUUAGUUCUUGAUCAGUUUGACAUACAUAUGCUACCGUGUUAAUUAUGUGUAAGAAAUAUGAUUCUUAUUAGUAUCGAAUUAUUCAAACGCGUGUGAUCAAGAUUGCCAACAUGCAGCGGGUUCUAAGUUUUCAAAUGGCUCGCGGUUUCAGCGAGUCUAGUGAGUUUGUAACGAAACGUAUGUGUUUUUCGUUCAUCUUCUCCGUCGGUUUCCUUUGUCUACUGUGCGGUUUCUUACUUGGACGUUUUGCUACGCAAAGGGCCAUAGAGUUUCGAGCAGAAAAGAAACGUCUCGAAUUUGCGGGAAACGGUCUCGAGAACACUGAGCAUCUACAGCAUCUGUUGCACGAGCAAUUGGAAAGGGCGCCACUCGAUCCUGAUUUUGAAACGAAAUGGGAGCUUUUUAAUGUCGGAGAAAAUGACGUGCGUCGAGUAAAUGGAAUUCUUUCGAAUUUAUCGCUUAUUCAUAAAAUCAUCGAACACGAAUCGUAUAUUGCCGCAAUUGCUCGAGGAUCCAGAGAACCUGACAGGUAUGUGGUUUUGUCGGCUAGCGGCGAAGGCGUUGGUAUUGUUUUAGAAUUGGCAAAAACUUUGAAUCACAUUCAAGGAGAACACCGGUGGAAACCACGCAGAUCUAUCAUUUUCUGUUUAUUUUCGGGAUUUUCCAACCCUUGUUCAGAGAUAUUAUCUACAUUUAUGCGCAACAAAGUUAUAGCUUAUAUUGUUAUACAUCAUCAAGCUUUACAGGGGAGAGGUCCAUUUAUUGUAUCUGGAUCUGAUAUAGUACAAUCUGUAGUUCUAGAAUCUGCAACCACUGUGAAAAAUUGGUUAUCUUAUAACAGUCAAUUGUUAUCUCUAAACAAUGUGUCUCAUAAUGUUACAAUUUCUAGACUUACUUUAGAUACACCUCAUGUGGUAUUAUCUUUCAUGAACAACAAUAGUACAUACACUGAGAAUGAUCAUGAGAGAGAAUUACGUAAAAUAAUUUUAGCCCAAGUACUUGGUCAAACCAUUUGGAAGUUAUCUGAAUGUUUAGUUACAAAAUGGAAUCCAAGUUAUUUCAAUGAAACUGUUUCUACAGCAUUAGGAUUCAUAAAUAACACUGAAUUAGUGGAAACCAAAGUAAAAAUACAAGAGACUGUGGUGAAAUUAUUGAAUAAUAUCAAACUUUUAAAUGAAAAGAUUGAUACAAUUGAUAAUAUCAACACACUUGAGACCAGAAUACUGAAUGAUUUCUUAAUGGACUUAGAUAGAACCCUUCUAUGUCCUGAUAAUAAACUUCAAUCAAGAACUAAUUGGUCAGAAUUCCUUAAACUAAGUCACGAGCCUUUUAACAUAAUUUCAAUGUAUCUUAAUGAGAUGGUAAAGUGUUAUGAAAUUGCCAUUCAACUAUUACAAGAUCGAUAGGAAAAAUGUAAAAGUACAAACAAUUUAGGUAUAAUAUAUUUUUUAAUGACUGUGGUAACACUAAUUAGUUACCACUGAAAUUUAUUGCACUCUUUUUAACACUUUUACCACAUAUUAAGUCCAAAUUUAUGUUCAGGAGUUCCUAUGUUUCAUUCAGAUAUUAUUAUAAAAUGCACAGCAUGUUUAUGUACAUAAAAAUAAGUACAAAACAUGUAUUACUUCUACCUGUGAUAAAUAAGAUGAAUUUAA